UUCUGCAACAAGAUGGCUGUCGUUCCUGAGAGCAGAGUCCUGACUUUCAGCGUUUUUAAAUGGAGUUCUUACUCCUCUACAUAUUUACCAGAGAAUAUCUUGGUGGACAAACCUAAUGAUCAGUCUUCCAGGUGGUCUUCUGAGAGCAACUACCCUCCACAGUUUUUAAUCUUGAAAAUGGAGAGGCCAGCAAUUGUUCAGAGCAUUACCUUUGGGAAGUAUGAGAAGACUCAUGUCUGCAAUCUGAAGAAGUUUAAAGUGUUUGGUGGGAUGAGUGAAGAGAACAUGACAGAGCUUUUGUCCAGUGGCCUUAAGAAUGACUACAACAAGGAAACGUUCACCUUAAAGCACAAGAUCGAUGAGCAGAUGUUUCCCUGCAGAUUUGUCAAAAUAGUGCCUCUGAUGUCUUGGGGUCCUAGUUUUAACUUCAGCAUCUGGUACAUUGAGCUGCAUGGUAUUGAAGAUCCUGAUGUGGUGCAGCCCUGCCUUAACUGGUAUAGCAAGUACAGAGAACAGGAAGCCAUCCGCCUUUGCCUCAAGCACUUCCGGCAGCAUAACUACACAGAAGCCUUCGAAUCGCUGCAAAAGAAGACUCGGAUAGCACUCGAGCACCCCAUGCUCACCCACCUGCAUGACCGGCUGGUGCUGCAAGGAGACUUUGAUGCCUGUGAGGAGCUCAUAGACAAAGCCGUGAGAGAUGGUUUGUUUAACCAGUACAUCAGCCAGCAGGAGUACAAGCCCAGGUGGAGUCAGAUCAUCCCAAAAUGCAACAAAGGUACAAGCGGUCAAGAAAUCAACCGAGACGACAUGAACGGCGACGGCGAUGACAACAGGCCAGGGAUGAGGGGAGGACAUCAAAUGGUCAUUGACGUCCAGACUGAGACGGUGUAUCUGUUCGGGGGCUGGGACGGCACACAGGACCUGGCUGAUUUCUGGGCUUACAGCGUUCAGGAGAACCAGUGGGCCUGCAUCUCCAGAGACACUGAGAAAGAGAGCGGUCCAAGUGCUCGCUCCUGCCACAAGAUGUGCAUCGACUCCCAGCGGCGUCAGAUCUACACACUGGGCCGGUACCUGGACUCCAGCGUCAGGAACAGCAAGUCCCUGAAGAGCGACUUCUACCGCUACGACAUCGAUGCCAACACCUGGACGCUACUCAGCGAGGACACGUCAGCUGAUGGAGGCCCUAAGUUGGUGUUUGACCACCAGAUGUGCAUGGACUCAGAAAAGCACAUGAUCUACACGUUUGGCGGUCGGAUCCUGACGUGUAACGGCAGCGUGGAGGACAGUCGAACGUCAGAGCCUCAGUUCAGUGGCCUGUAUGCCUACCAUUGCCAGGCUGGAACAUGGAGCCUCCUGCGGGAGGACUCAUGUAACGCCGGGCCAGAGGAUGUCCAGUCCCGCAUCGGACACUGCAUGCUCUUCCACACUAGAAACCGCUGUCUGUAUGUUUUCGGAGGUCAGAGGUCAAAGACCUACCUCAAUGAUUUCUUUAGCUACGAUGUGGAUGGAGACCAUGUAGAGAUCAUAUCUGAUGGCACCAAGAAGGACUCUGGCAUGGUGCCAAUGACGGGCUUUACCCAGAGAGCCACCAUUGACCCCGAGCUCAAUGAGAUCCAUGUGCUGUCGGGCCUCAGCAAAGACAAGGACAAACGGGAGGAGAACGUCCGCAACUCCUUCUGGAUCUACGACAUCGCCCGCAACAACUGGUCAUGUGUGUAUAAGAACGAUCAGGCACUGAAAGAAAACCCGAGUAAGGCUUUGCAGGAGGAGGAGCCAUGUCCACGCUUUGCACACCAGCUGGUGUAUGAUGAAAUGCACAAGGUGCAUUACCUGUUUGGUGGAAACCCUGGGAAGUCUUGUUCUCCGAAGAUGCGACUGGACGACUUCUGGUCCCUCAAACUGUGUCGGCCCUCGAAGGAGUACCUGCUCCGUCACUGCAGAUACCUCAUCAGGAAAUACAGGUUUGAGGAGAAAGCCCAGUCAGAGCCGCUGAGUGCACUGAAGUACCUUCAGAACGAUCUGUCUCUCACUGUGGACCACACAGACCCCGAUGAGACCAAAGAGUUUCAGCUCCUGCCCUCGGCUCUGUUCAAGUCCAGCUCCGACUUCAUCCCUCUGGGCUUCUCAGACGUAGACCAGACGUACGCUCAGCGGACACAGCUCUUCGACACGCUUGUCAACUUCUUCCCCGACAGUAUGACCCCGCCCAAGGGCAACCUGGUGGACCUCAUCACCCUCUAGCCCCUCCCACUGCUGAUACACCUGUCCCUGCCCCCCCCCCCCCCCAUCGCCUCAGCCACUGGACUGACUGAACACCACCCAUGCACCUGAUGGGACGGAGGAGACAGAGACCAGUUAUUUUUCUAUUGGUGAACCCUGCUGGUGGGAGUACACUUCAUCUGGAACAGCUCCGCCUCCGUCACACUGACCUGCUGCUGUCAUAGGCUGGGUUACCCGAUGGUGACAGUCAUGAACACACACGCAUCAACAUCACCGUAUUUCAGCAAAAUUCCAUGACAGCCUGAGGUUUGUGUGUGUGUGUGUGUGUGUUUGCCUUUUUUCCCCUGAAUCUCCCUUCCAUUUUUUCUUGCUGAUGAAGAUUUCUUGGAACACACUAAGCCCCUCUUAAGUCUGCCAAACAACUCUUGUGUUUUUUGGUUUUUUUUGUUUGUUUUUUUUUUUUUAUCUUAACUUGAUUUUUCUUCCCAGAAAAGUUUAGGCCAAAAAAAAAAAAAGAGGACUCGCACACAUUUGUUUGAGAUCUCUUUUCAGUGAGUUUUCCUUUUUUUUAAGUGUUAGACUUGUGCUUUGUACCCACACAGUCGAUCAGGCGUGUUUGAGGCAGAACACAUGGCGAGGCGAUUCAGGCCAGUUGCAGUGAAAGUUAAGUUGAAAUUGACUGGUAUUUAUUUCAUUUGAGGACGGGACGGUUUGACCAUGAAUGAGAAACCGUCUCACUGUCCUCUACAAACUCUCCUGUUUUUGUGUUCUGCAAAAUUUCAGGACAAAUGCGGCUUAAUGUCAGCUUUCAUUCUGAUUGGUUCACUUGUUCUUCUGUAACACAUGCCCCUGUUUAUGACUGAGAAAAGAAGUCAACAUUUUAAAUAUAGGCACAAUAGAGGACUGAUUCUACUAGAUAAAGUUUAAUAUAUAUCUAAAUAUACAUUUAUAUUGGUUUUGGUUGUUAUCCAUUUAAAAUUAGUCUUCAGUCACUCAUGGUCUGAAGCUUAAUUCUGUAGUGUACAGAAUGUGUAAAUAUACAUAUAGGAUUUUUUAAAUUACUCUUUGAUUGAACAGAUUCUUUGCGCUUCCUCUUUCAUCUGUAUCAGAAAGUCGAAGGACACACACAGUAACGUUCUGGCCCUCCAUGUAAAACUCAUCAUUACUUGUUGGAGAGAAAUUAAAAUAAGCAGAGUGAGUGUGAGAAUUAAGUGCUGGUACCAGUAAACCCAGUUUGAUGACGUGACCGGGAGAAGGUGUUUUAGGUCUGUUUGGUGUGUUGAUAAAUAACUGGGUGAAAUUUUCCUUUUCUCUCCUUCAGAUCUCAGAUGUCUGAAUAGUUGGAUGAGUAGAAGUUACAUUACAGUCUUUGUCCCACUUAUACCAUGGCCACAAAUUCCAUGUCAUGAAAUGAAAAACACAAGUUGUUGCUGUUCUGUUUUUGAAUAAUAUGGAAUGUAGGGCUCAGACUAUUAUUUUCAUUAUUGAUUAAGCUGCUGUUUAACUUCCUUAAUUAAUCGAUAAGUUGUUAAAAUGUAUAAAAUGGCAAAAAAUUCCCGCCAGUUUCCCAGAGCUCAAACAAAAUAGUUCAAACAAUUGUGUUAUCACUAUAGUUGCAUAUUUAUUUUAUUCGAUCGACAAAAUAAUUAAAUAUAGUUGCUUGUGUUCCCCCUUCUACCAUUCAUACCAUGACUCCAAUAUCCACAUUCACACAUUUAGCAAAUGUGUUUGAAUUUAAAUUCACGUGGUUCUCAAUGAACAGCUGUUCAUCUAUAACUUUCUUAUUGGUUGCAUAAAUAACUCCAAGUCAUGUAGCCUCACCAGAGUGAGUUCAUUAUACAGUAAUUUAAAAUGGAAAAGAAAACAUCUGCGUCACAUGCGUCCAAUUACUCCUCACCUUCCAGCCAAUCAGAACCAAGGAUUCUCAGUGGCCAUAGUAUAAGUUCAUUUUACAGACAGAGAGCUGGUUGCUGUUGUUGGACUCCUUCAGUACAAGUAGAGCAGACUGAGCUCUGUCCGUGUUAGUGGAUCAUUGCUUUGCUCCUCUGUGCAGAGAUGGGAGGGUUUCUGCUCAUUAUUCAAAGGCUUAAUUAGUAUUUCUGAUUAUAACAUGAUAUUUGAUUGAUCCCAAGCUGCUCAUUUGUCGUUCUGUCUGUGGUAAAUGAGGAAGGGGGAUGCAGCAGAUGAAUGCUGUCUAGAGUCUGAGAGUUGAGUUUCCUGUGUAUGAAUGAACAGAUGGUAGAAAGGUCGAGAAUGAGUUUACCAGCCGGCAGGUGAGUUAAUGUCAGACAGAAUUAAUGUCUUCCAAUCAACAGGUCAAAGGUCAGCUUCAGCUUUAGGAGAGAAAACCUGCCAUGUUUUCAUGGCAGAUCUGGUGUAUGUGUUUUAGUUGAAGUGGAGAUGUUUACCUGUUUACCUGCUACCACUAAAUCAAAGUCCUACCGUUCAGUUCUUUAGUUGUCUUCCAUGAGCGUCAGUCAGACGCUAACAGAUCGAUCACUAACAUCCCUGAUGCAUCACAACACUGCGACUCUUGCUAUGACUGUUGAUAAUCUGAGUGUAACGUACAGGUUCAGUUUCUGUCCUGAAACCCUGAGGACGGAUGAACUUUAACUCCGGGACAGAACUGAGUAAAAAUAUAACAGCAAUUAAGAAUAUCAUCUUUAACACUCAACUUUAUUUUGAUUCAAGGGUCUCAGAGAUUUUAAGAUCAAGCGUGAAAUAGUAACUUAUAAAUACCUUUUUAAUAGACACCUAAUGCACUUAUUUUGAAAUGAAAGGACGAUACUGGUUUAAGCCCAUCAAGUACUAAAACAACAGCCACUGUCACCAGUGUGUGUCUCGUGUUCAUGUUGGUUCUCUGAAAGAUAAAUCCCCAGUGAUCUUUGAAAACCACCGAAGGUUGUUAAACGAGGCUUACGUCUAUUUCGACUUAUAGUUGUGACUCCAUUUCCUGAAGCAGACAGGCAGAAACAACAACUCAAAAAAUAUAAACACACUAAGUCUAUGAAUAUGUGCACAAAUAUAAAAAUAACACAAAAACACACAUUUUGAUCAUUGCAAUGUGGUUUAAAUCAAGCAAUGAAAUAUUCUUCUGCUCCAGCUCGUGUCUUUUAUCUACAUUAGAUGUUCAACAACAGCAAAGAUUUAUUUUUAAAAUAGUGAAACACUGAGCUCAGUGAUUUUGAUGUAAUGAUACAUUAAAGGCACAAACUGAGGCUCGGUGAAAAAAAACAACGUAACAUUGGACUGGAAGCAAAGAUUCAUCAUGUCUGUUUUAAAGCAGCAACAUCCGCAGAACUAACAGAGGCUGACAUGAGCUGCUGGUCAGACCAGAGCGAGUGAGGCUGCUGCAGCCAAUCACAGUCAGCAGUUUGUUUAUGAAGUCAUGUUUACCUCUUUCAGUUUUUACCACUGACUGUGGGUUUUCACUGUGUGUGCUGUUUUGCAGUGAUGUCACUUGAAUGAAAUCAAAACAUGAGAUGAGUUGCAUCAUUACAGUGUGCAUUAGUCAAAAUAUGUUAUGUGGGUGCUGAAGUGAACUGAGACUUUGGACAGUGGCUGGCGCUGGUGCUGGAGUAGUUCAGUACUUUUGCUUUUUUUGCUGAAAAGAUUGCCACCACUCUGAUGCCUGAAUGAUGAAUAUGAAGUUGGAUCCAGCAGCUAGUGAGCCUAGCUUAGCAUGAAGACUGGAAGCACCUCUAAAUCUCACUAACUAACACACUGGAGUCUCUGCUGGCUGCAGAAGGAGGAGUCACUGGGCCUGGUCAACAUGUAACACCUGUAAAACCACAAGUUGUUUAAUCUGUGCAAAAACCUCAUGUAAAACUGAGAAGAUACAACAUGUUAAGCAGUGAGUUUUACAGAUGCUGGAAGGUGGAUAUGGAUUAACUCUAGACAUAGCCAGGCUAGCCGCUUCCCUCUGUUUUUGGUCUUUAUGCUAAGCUAACUACCUACACGCUGUAGUUGCUAUCAAUCCUCUCAUUUAACUCUGCAAAUAUGUCUAUUCCUUUUUUAAAGAUUUGUAAGAUUUGAAACGGGAGGAACAAAAACCAGUGGUUUGGUCCUUAGAGUGUCAGACUUAUUUCCCACAAAUGCCUCACAUUCACUGCACUUGAUGUGGAAUAUUUAUCCUUCAACAAAAAAAACAACCUUACAUGAAGUGAACCAUUGUAUAAAGUACCAUUGUAUAAAAUGAUGUUUACUGUGACUGCGGGUGCUCUGCUGGACCCAUCAUCACUGUCACUGUGUUGACACUGGAGAUGAGUAGUUUCCAUCACUUUACACUGAGCUUCAGGGUUUUUUCUUUUUUAAUUUAUUUAAUGUUUGUUUGUUUGUUUGUUCCCAGACAGUUUAGCAUCUGAAGGGAGUGACGGACAAACAGCCUUUAAUUCCCUGAAUUCAUCAGUGGCAGAAAAUAUAACCUGUAAUAAUUUACCAGUGUUUCGUUGGAGGAGGAUGGUGUGUGUGUUAUACGUCUGUUCAUGUGUGUUUCACCUAUGAUUUUUCUGCCCUUACACCAACUAAAAUGGAAACAGAUGUGAUAUUAAAAAAGACAACUAAGAAUGGUUCUAUUAUAGAAAGUAAAAGUCAUGAAGGUGUUUGGAGGACAUGUAGGGCUCGUCACGCUCGCUGUAGCGUUUGUUUUGUGCCAGAGGAAAAAACUGUUUAAAAAGACUAAUUGAAAGCACCUUUGUAAAAGACACAAUGCCAAAUACUAUUCUUUUUGCUAUUUUAGGGUAAAGCUCAUUUUACAUAACAAAGUUUUCUGUAUGGAUUAUGAUUUUGUAUGUUUUGUUUUUCCAUCUUACCCUCCUCCCAGCCCCUGGGUGGGUCUCAGGAGUUGUAUGGCUGGUACUCUCAGAUCAGUAAGCACUACUCUGUGGAUACAGUGAAUGUGUAGAAAGCCUUGUAGUAUUGCAUUGUACGUAAUGUAUAUAAUGAAUAAAGACUGUAUUUUGUUCAGGUUUUCUUAA